GAAAAGAAAUGGGACCAAGUAGUUCUUCGCUAUAACUAAAAAAAAAAAAAAAAAAAAAAAAAAAAAAAAAAGUACUAUAUAUGUCGUUUGUGAAUUUAACUUCUUAAAUGACAACACUAAAAGGACAGAAUGGAUUAGUUCUUAAUAUACUGAUCUGUGGUAUGGAUGUUGUCUGGUUCGGAAACGUGGAUUUAGAAGUCAUCAGCACAUACAUAAAUUGCCCCGGGGAGGAGGAAGAAGGGAGGGGAGGCACAUUAAUGUUACGAAGGCCAUGUAAAGUUAUUUUCCAGUUUGCUGCAUCACAAGCAGCACUAGGGUUAAGUAACACAGAAACUGUUACGCUCUUGCCUACAGGGUCCCUAGAUACGAAGUUCGAAUCGACCGAAACGUAGCUCAAAAAGCGACGCCCACACCCCGGGAAAAACAUUGAGCUACGCCAACCACACUGGCUCGCCAAGCAGGAGGCGGUACCUGAGGACCACGCCUGCGCGCGGGGUUACGCAAGCGCGCAGCCUUUGCGCACGCGCACAAACGCACGGCCGCGCAGCAUCUAUCUUGCUGGAAGCUUUUUCCCAGAGGUUGAGCGGUUUGCAUAAUGUCGGAAAUGGCCGAGUUGUCCGAGCUGUAUGAAGAGAGCAGUGACCUGCAAAUGGAUGUGAUGCCUGGCGAGGGUGACCUACCGCAGAUGGAGGUAGGCAGCGGGAGCCGGGAGCUAUCCCUGCGUCCCUCCCGCAACGGGGCCCCGCCACAGCUCGAGGAGGAAGGCCCAAUGGAGGAGGAGGAGGCCCAGCCAAUGGCGGCGCCAGAGGGGAAACGGAGCCUUGCUAACGGGCCCAACGCUGGGGAGCAGCCAGGCCAGGUGGCGGGCGCAGACUUCGAGAGCGAGGACGAGGGCGAGGAAUUUGAUGACUGGGAGGACGACUACGACUAUCCCGAAGAGGAGCAGCUUAGUGGUGCCGGCUACAGAGUAUCAGCCGCUCUUGAAGAAGCCGACAAGAUGUUUCUGAGAACAAGAGAAGCAGCCCUGGAUGGCGGGUUUCAGAUGCAUUAUGAGAAGACCCCGUUUGAUCAGUUAGCUUUUAUCGAAGAGCUUUUUUCACUGAUGGUUGUCAAUCGUCUGACCGAAGAACUCGGCUGUGAUGAGAUUAUUGAUAGAGAGUAGUUACAUGCUGUUAAAAGAGGAGGAAACUACUUGAGGAGGGACCCAACUUUCCGCUCUCUUUUGGGUUCAUUCCAAAUAGUUUUGUGCCAUUGAAAAACUUGACCUUCAAAAAAAUUUGUUUUUCAGAAUAGAAGACAAUAGGACAGUGACUGCACAGUUGUGAAAAAGGAGGCGAAUCAUUAAAGAAAAAGAAAAAAAGAUUUUUAAGACCGUUGAAAUCUGUUAUCAAGAAUGUCCUAAAACACCUAUGGCUUUGACUUUGUUAUUGAUCCAGAUUAUUUUCCUUGCAUUGGGGAAAAUAUCUUUCAUAUUUGUUUGCUGUAAAGAUGGUUUUGCAAGAAUAAGUCAUGACCAAGACAAACUGCCAAUACAAGGGCCCACUGAUAUUAAUUAUAUAAUGAGAAAAAAUGUAUCCAACUAGGACACAUAUCUUUUGAGUUAUUUGGACUGAAAGUUUAAGAAAACUUGGGAAAUUCUAUUUUGUGAUCUAGUCAAGCCAUAGUUAUCAAAGGCUAAAUUUUCAGUGUAAGAUAAAUGAAGUAUUCUUCAUUAUUCCAAAAGGAUGAGUAAACUCAAAGAUGUAUCACGUGUGCUCUGUAUGUUAAGAUGUGUUUCCAAGAGCGUCUGAAAUUUUGUUUGUACAUGUAUCUUGAUCAUUUAUAAAGCCACUGUGAUCUAUAAAUCAAGAAAAUUCAUUGUCAUAACCAUUUUUAAAAGUCAAAAAUUAAGACAUCUUUAAUUAAAAACUUUCAAAUCUAGACACUAAAUGUGUGUGAAUGUACAAAGAAACCAUUGCUCACGCUGUUAUAUACUAGAGAAAUUUUGUUUUGCUUGCUGUUUUAACUUGACAGGUGAAAUACUUUAGUUGAACUUCAUAUUGUAAGAACUGUUAAUAAAAAGUUGUCAAGUAAAAAGCCCUAUAUCUAAAAAGACUUUAUGAACAGUUAUUCUAUCAACUUUUAAAGGUUUUAAACCUACCCAGAAAUUACCUUGGUAUCUGAAGUUUCCCUCUGUCUCCUCCUCUAAUUAAGCUUGUUAUUUGUUAUGCACCAGCAUUGGAGAUAAUAAAAUUUCUUGUUCUGUGUA